ACGUAUUACUACGUUUGUUCGGAGAUUAACUAGCAUACUAUGGCUCGUACUAAGCAAACUGCUCGUAAGUCAACUGGUGGAAAAGCUCCACGUAAACAACUGGCUACCAAGGCUGCCCGUAAAAGCGCGCCAGCCACCGGUGGAGUCAAGAAGCCACAUCGUUACCGUCCUGGAACAGUCGCUCUCCGUGAGAUCCGUCGUUACCAGAAAAGCACUGAGCUCCUCAUCCGUAAAUUACCAUUCCAACGUCUGGUUCGUGAAAUCGCUCAGGACUUCAAAACUGAUCUCCGAUUCCAGAGCUCAGCUGUGAUGGCCCUCCAAGAAGCCAGCGAAGCCUACCUCGUUGGUCUUUUUGAAGACACCAACCUCUGUGCCAUUCACGCCAAACGUGUUACCAUCAUGCCCAAGGACAUCCAAUUGGCUCGUCGUAUCCGAGGAGAACGUGCUUAAGUUAUUUUAACAUCAAAAACCAAUAAACCAAACGGCCCUUUUCAGGGCCAUCAAAUUUUUCAUACGAAGAAAAUUCACUCAGUAAAUUAUUUAUUUUUUACAGAUAUUUAAUUACAUUUUAUUUUAAAUCACAUUAUCACAAUACUAAUCUAAAAUUUAUUGAAUGUAGCAUCCUACAUAUAUUAAUUCCAUUUUUAUGAAUUUAUUAAUUUAUAACAUUCCUUAAACCUAGAAAGAUUAUAACAAUACUGAUAAAUUCUUAGAAUCAGAAAUUAUCAAUACCACAGAAGAGUUUCGUAUAAAUACCAAAAUUCAAUGGUUCAAGUAUACGGUGGAAGAUUCCUCCAUCAAAAGUUGAACAAAUUUUUUAAUUAGAAACAAUAUUUUUAAGAAUUAAAAUGAAUGCAUUCCAUAAACUAUACAUUAAACUUGAUAGUUGAAAAAAAAUACAGAUAUCAAUUUAAACCUUUAAUUCAUAUUAUACACGGAAAAAAAAGAACUUAUGCUGCGACAGAAAAACCCCGUAACAUUUAAAAGUUCAGUCUUAUUGCAGCCACCGGAGUAGUCUUGAAUUCGUAAUAAGUAUAAUAAUAGUCAUACACUAAAAAAUUUUCAUGUAAACAUGGUCUCCAAGAACUUUACACGGCCGUGUAGUGUGAAAUAACGGCGUAAAGAAUCCUGGGUGUAAGUUAACAAUCCGUAUAAUUUUAACACAGUGUAAUCUACUUUUUGUAGACUAUUCCGUCUUACUCGUUAUAAAUGUGAUCAAUGAGCACAUGCAAAAAAAUGAAUUAUGAAGAUUAGUGAUUGAUAACUAAAAAUUUUGAAUAUGGUGACAAUCGAAUAUUACUUCAAACAAUAAUUUCAUGGUUUUAUUGA